AUGUCUCUCCGUGUAGCACCGACAAUAGAUUCAUUGAACAAAAUCUAUAUACAAUUGAAUAAUUAUAUAGAACCAUUAAUCAUUGUUCUUGGAACAAUUGGCAAUAUAGCAAGUAUUUAUAUAUUUACUCGACCAUCAUUAAAAUCACCAUGUUCACUGUAUUUUCUGGCAUCAUCCAUAAAUAAUUUUGCCAUAUUAUAUUUUGGUAUUGUUACUCGUAUGUUGGCUGAUGGAUAUGAUAUUGAUCCAACAAGUUAUUCACGUUUCUUUUGUAAAUUUCGAAAUUAUUUUUCAUAUAUGAUUUAUCUUGUUUCUCCAUUAUUAAUUGUUCUUACUACUGUUGAUCGUUUUUGUGCUAGUUCAACUAAUUCACAAAGACGAAAAUUUAGUUCAAUCAUUAUUUCACGUUGGGCCAUUGGAUGUGUUGCUAUAUUUGCAUUAUUAUUCUUUAUACAUAUUUUAAUAUUUUUUGAAAUUGAUAUUAAUUCUCAUAUUUGUCAACCAAAAUUAGGUCUAUACAGUGAUCUACUUGGACUAAGUACAUUGGCAAUUUAUGUUAUUGGUCUUUGUUUAAUGAUGGUUUUUGGUGCAUUAACAAUUAAUAAUGUACGAAAUCAACGUCGAAGAGUUAAAAAUACAAAUACAACAAAUACUCAAAGUCAACAAGAACGACAAGUUGAUAAACAAUUAUUUAUUAUGUUAUUAUUACAUAUUGCAUGUUUUGUUAUUCUAGGUUUACCAUAUGUUAUUAUGUUAAUAUUUUCUGGUGUUUUGAGUGCAUAUAAAACUACUAGUAUUUUUAUCUUUAUUCAAAAUAUAUCUCGUAUUUUACUUAAUCUUAGUUCAAGUAUUCAAUUCUAUAUUUAUACAUUAGGUUCACGUCUCUAUCGUCAAGAAUUUUUAAAAGCACUCAAUAAACUAUCAACAAGAUUAUUGGGAAAAAAUAUAAUUAAUAUGAAAAAUGCAAUAGCAUUUAAUCAAAGUAAAAUUACACAAACUUAA